AUGUGGUCGUUUUUUUUUGUUUUUUUUGGAGGGGGGCGCCCAAAAUUCUGCUGUAAUCUUCUUCCUUUAUUUUUUCUUUCUUUCCUUCUUUCUUUCUUUCUUUCUUUUUUUCUUUUCUCUGCAAGUUUGUUGAUAUCAACUACUGUCUCUUUACUCUUUCUAUCUGGUUUCCUUAAAUUUCCUUCGUUUUUUCCUUCUUUCUUUCCUGUCUAUUCUCUCUCUUUCUCUCUCAUUCUUAUUUCUUUUUCACCCCCUUUCUUCAUUCAUCCUACCCCCUCCAAACUCACACAUAUACUUGUCAUUUCUUUUCUUCUUUUAUUUAUUCCCUUUCUCGCUUCGUGCUUUUUUAAAAAUUUCUUUCUUUCUUUCUUUCUUUCUUUCUUUCUUUCUUUCUUUCUUUCUUUCUUUCUUUCGUUCUUUUUCACCAGUCCUUUCUUCGUCCAUCACUACUUCCUUCAUAUUGCAUCUCAAUCGCCGCCGCCGCCGCCAACGACAACGACAACGACGACGACACAUCUUUUUUAA